CAUAUAUACAUAGUUUAGGUAUAGGUUAAUCGUCAGUCAAGUUUUCCCAAUCUCAAUUUUUAAGUUUUGGCGCCGUAGGUGUGUCGUGUUUCGUGUAUCAUUGUCUAUACGGAAUAAAUCCAUUAUAAUUAUAUAACUAUUUUUUUAUAUUAAUGAAAUGAAUUAUCAUAUUAAUAGAUUAUUAAUGUAAUAAUGUACAAUACUUAUUGGCUAUUGCAGUAUUGCUCAUACGUUGUUUGAAGUCACAAACGAAAAUUCACAUAACGCACGAAACAAUUUCAAAGUUUUUAAACGUUAAUAUCAUAUCUUAAUACUAAUAGACUCCGGACACGAUGCCGAAUUCGAUUGCGGCGACGGUCGCGGCACUUGCCGUCCUGCUUCACGGGGUCACCGGCCUCGACAACGGGUUGGCUUUGACGCCGCCGAUGGGAUGGCUCGCGUGGCAGAGAUACAGAUGCAUCACGGACUGCGAAACGUAUCCAGACGAAUGUGUCAGUGAAAAGCUGUUCAUGAACGCGGCUGAUUUGUUGGUCAGCGAAGGCUACGCAGACGCGGGAUACCAAUAUUUAAUCGUGGACGACUGUUGGUUGGCCAAGAAUAGAUCGGCUGACGGGAAAUUGGAAGCCGACAAAACGAGAUUCCCGAGCGGUAUCAAAGCACUGGCCGACUACGUGCACUCGAAAGGAUUGAAAUUCGGUUUGUAUCAAGAUUGGGGAGAGAAAACUUGCGCUGGUUACCCGGGCGUGCGGGGCAACGAAGAGAAGGACGCCAAACAAUUCGCAGAAUGGGAAGUCGAUUACGUAAAAUUAGACGGAUGUUAUUCGAACGUCAGGGACAUGGACAGAGGUUACGUCGAAUUUGGGAAACACUUAAACAGUACGGGAAGGCCAAUGGUGUACUCAUGCAGCUGGCCGGCAUACCAAGAAGAGAAGGGGAUGCGGAUUAAUUACGCUUUGAUGGCUGAACACUGCAAUCUGUGGCGUAACUACGGGGACAUUGAUGACUCGUGGAGCAGUGUAACAAGCAUUACCGAUUACUUCGCGUUGAAACAGGAGUUUUGGGCGCAGUACGCGGGACCCGGACACUGGAACGAUCCAGACAUGCUCUUGAUCGGCAACUUUGGCCUGUCAUUCGACCAAAGCAAAUCGCAGAUGGCCCUCUGGGCAGUGUUGGCAGCUCCCCUGCUCAUGUCCAAUAAUUUGACCGGUGUACGCCCAGAGUUCAAAGAAAUCUUACAGAACAAAGAAAUCAUAAAGAUCAAUCAAGACGCCCUGGGAAUACAAGGCACUCGAGUUUUUAGGGAUAAGAGUAUUGAAAUUUGGACCCGACCAAUCGAACCGGUUCAUCACGGAAAUUAUUCUUACGCUGUGGCGUUUGUGAGUCGUCGCGAGGAUGGCGCUCCCUUUCCGUACAAAAUAACUUUGGAAGAUUUAGGACUGAAGUACCACUUUGGUUACACAAUUAAGAAUUUGUUUGAUAAACCGACCUCAAACUUAACCACACAUUUCGCCUUGCCAAGGACUACACUCCACGUACGAAUUAUUCCGUCAGGUGUUGUGUUCCUGCGAUGCAAUGUUCUAACAGCCAAGUUACAGGAAGAUAAUAUUUACAACGAUGCACUCAACAGAACCGUAACAUUUAAAUAAAUCCAGUUUUAUAAAAACAUGAUACAAGUUUACUUACAAUUUAUAAAUAUUUAUAUUAUCGUACCUACCUACACGAUAUAACAAUGCUGUGUAUAAAAGUUACAAUUAUACACACGUAAAUUGAAUAAAUAUACAGACAUUUUUUAUGCUA